AUGUUGUUCCCAGCCCUGUUGACUGCGGCGACCCUCACCGGCCUCGCCUCAGCAGCAUGUUCAGCAGAAACCCGUCUCGCUGGCGCCAAACAAGUCGUCUACUCCUAUAACCUCAGUGGGCUUGGCCAAUCUGCCGCCGGCUUCAAAGAAGUACCAUUCGGAGCGCCCGGCGCAGGUGGCGGUUGCGUCACGACGCUCAUCGCCGACGGCACGUGCCCGAUUCCUGUGGCCACGACGGGCUCGGGGACAUACGACUUCGCAGUCGAGACUCGUCAAGUCUUCUCCGAUGUCACCGGCGAGUACAUCGACUUCGCGGACAACGGGACGACCUUGAUCAACACCAACGUGACCCUCGGCGUCCGCGACAUCGUCGGUAUCCCCAUCACCUUCGCCGGCCAUGUGUACAUCGACCAUAACGACGACUGCCGGAUCUACCAGGUGCGUGCGUAUGCGGAGGUUCCGAUCAGUGUGCUGGGUUUGGCGUUCUCGACUGCUGGAGUCCCGCCGCUACCGAAACCGGUGUGUGACAGUCUGCCGGUGAAGAGAGGCGAUGAGAAGGAAGUGGAGGAGCCGUUCCGGGCGAUUGAGUAUGAGGUGUAG